AUGAUUAGAUGCCGAGGAGUCUGGGAUAAUAUAACAUGUUGGCACAAAGCUAAGGUUGGAGAAACAGUCAAUCUCUCUUGCCCAGAAAUUUUUCUUAAUGUUUUCAAUAGACAAGGAAAGCAAGGUUUUAUAAGCAGGCGUUGCACCAAGAUGGGGUGGACUGAUAUAUUCCCAGAUGUAAUUAAUACUUGUGGACACAAUCAAAAUGGGACAGCAGGAAAUAAGGAAGAUUUUUACUUAAUAGUUAAGGCUAUUUAUACUUUUGGACACAGUGCAUCUUUGAUCGCUCUUACAAUAGGAAGUACAAUUCUAUGUGUAUUCAGAAAACUUCAUUGUACAAGGAAUUACAUCCAUCUGAAUCUGUUCAUCUCUUUCAUACUGAAAGCUAUCUCCGUCUUAGUGAAAGAUGCUUUCCUAUAUUCCAGCACAGUUGAAUGUCCUGACUUGGCUGACUCUCUGAUUAUCUGCAAAUUCAUUUUAGUAUUUUUACAAUACUGUGUAAUGGCAAAUUUCUACUGGCUACUGGUUGAAGGACUGUAUCUCCAUACACUUCUAGUGGUUAUAUUUUCUCCAAAUAGACAUUUCACAAUGUAUCUGCUGAUUGGAUGGGGUAUCCCUUUGGUAUUCAUUAUUGUUUGGAUAUUAUCAAGGAUUUUCUUAGAAGAUACUGGAUGUUGGGAUACGAAUGAUCACAGUAUUCCUUGGUGGAUUAUAAGAACGCCGAUUAUAAUUUCAAUUAUUGUUAAUUUUUGUCUCUUCAUUAAUAUCAUACGGAUUCUGCUUCAGAAGAUACGAUCACCAGAUGUUGGUGGCAAUGACCAGUCACAGUUUAAGAGACUUACAAAAUCUACCCUUCUGCUCAUUCCGUUAUUUGGAGUUCACUAUAUGGUGUUUACAGUUUUCCCGAUGCCAAAUGCCAGCGAUUGCCAGAUAUGGUUUGAAUUGAUCAUUGGAUCAUUUCAGGGUCUUGUUGUGACUAUUCUGUAUUGCUUUUUAAACACAGAAGUGCAAGGAGAGUUAAAACGAAAGUGGAGGAGUCUGUACAUAAAUAUGGGUCGAGACUACAGGCUUCAUAGCUCUUCGGUAUCGCGGAAUGGAUCUGAAGGUGCACCGCAAUUUCACCGGAACUCAAGAGCUCAGUCCAUUUUGCAAACUGAAGCAACAGUUAUUUAA